AGACGGCAUAUCUCAACAUGGCGGUCGAGUUACUGAAAGUAGACUACCGAACAGCCCUCAGCUCUAAGCCCAAUAUCUCCACGUCAUCAAACAUCUAUAUGACGGGAGAUGGUCAUCUAUUCUGUGAAAACCUUUGUGUCAAAGAAAUCCAGUACGAACUGGCGAUGAAGACGGAUUAUGCGAGUCCGUUUUACUUGUACAGUAGAGCGCAGAUCGUCGACAAUGUCCAGCAGUACAAGCGGUCCCUGGAAAAAAACGACGUUCCACAUUUGCUAGGUUACACUGUCUCAGCCAACUAUAACUUAGAAAUCUUACGAAUCUUACAAAAGCUUGGUUGCUCCGCCGUCGUUGCGAGCAUCAAUGAAAUCAAAAUUGCCAUGAUGGCGGGCUUUAACCCGAACAUGAUGGUGUAUAAUGGAAACGGUAAACAACUCAACGAAUUGGAAUUCGCCGUCAAGUGUGGUGUGAUGAUUAACGUCGACUCGCUCUUUGAUCUUGAGCAUAUUCGUAAAGUUUGCCGAAUGUUACAUAAGAAAGCGAACGUUUUAAUGAGGCUCCAUCCUGAAAUUGAUUCAGAUAGCAGCCAAGAUAUUACUGAAACUAAAUUUGGACUCCAUCAUAAAGAGUUUGAUAAGGCGUUGCAAAUCAACCUCAGAACCAACUUUGCAGAACCCAAUUUCAUAAUAGCUUCCUUAUCAAAAGUCAUAGUGAAUAUUGGUAUAACAUCAAAUCUACCGGUACUAAAAUUAAACCUGGAAGAAUCAUUGGAUACAAUGCUUUUUUGGGUUGACAAAGUACGUGAGAUGGGAUUUGAUAUCCGUUAUCUCAAUAUGGGUGAGGGAAUCGGACUGAACUAUAAACGUCACAUACCACAGAGUGAUGAAAUUUUACCAGAAACAAAAGAUUUUAUAAGUUCUAUCGCUGAGGGCAUCAAAUCCAAGAAUAUCUGCCUGAUAUUGGAACCAGGCAUCUCUAUUGUUGGAAACACAGGUAUAUUGGUGACAAAAGUGGUUGGUGUCAAAACUAAUGAAAAUAAAAACUUCAUUGUGAUAGAUGGUUCAAUGGCUGAAGUAAUCAGACCCAGUCUCUAUGGUGCCUAUCACCACAUACAACUUAUAGAACCAACCAUGGUAGGUUACAUAAAUCAGGGAUCUCACUCGCCCAAUGGGAGUGCUAGAUGCUCAUGA